AGUAACUGCUUUUUCAUAAACAAUACGAGAUAUUAUUUCAAUUUCUAUACAUACUGUCAUCUUCAUUGAAUGAAACGACAGUGAAAUCAGUGACAACUAACACACUGUAAUACCUUCUUACUAUUCAUAGACUGGUAAAUAUAAAUUUUAAACUUAUAAAAUCAACUUUCAAGAAUGGGUACAUUUAAAAAUGCACUGGAAACUGUACAGCUUGUACCAAUUUUUAAUUACUUAAACAUACUUAGUGACUUUUUAUUCAUUGAAAAUUACCUGUCAGAAAUCGACCAAACUAAACAAAUCCCAAUUGUUAAUGCGCUCUAUAAAUACUUAGAAGACAAUCAGAAUAAUUCUGAGAAGAAAAAUAAAUUAAUAAGAAAUUUGUUAAAAGGCAGCGAUCUUUAUGGAGCAAAAGACGACGAAUAUUUUGAUAUCACUUUUGUUAACGUGAUGUUCGACUACAUUAUUAGUUCUUUAAUAUUUGACAAAUAUGGUAAUAUUUAUGGCUUCUUGGCAGAUGUUUUUUGUAGAGCGAAAAAUUUUCAAAUAACUAAAAUAUUGAAUAUGAUAAGAAUUAAUCUUGAGAAUACAUUUUUUCAAAACGAAUAUGACGACAGAUCGAGUCUUAGUAAUUUAUCAGUAAAUAGAAUAUACAACGAUAUAAUAUUGCCUCUGUUUCCUCGACCAAAAGCUAAUCUUAGUUUAUUGUCUCAUGAAUAUAUUUAUGCUCAAGCUGGUUUAAUGUUCCUUCGACCGGGAAGAAUAAAUACUGCCUAUUGUAAUGAUUUUGAAAGCAGUAUUGCAAAUCUAACUGAGGAAAAUUUAUUUGAAGAAUACUUAUUAAUUGGACGUGUAAUUGAAAAAUUAAUUCUAACUGACGAGAAGAAUUUUGAAAUGUUGAAAGCGUUUGCUCUUCCUGCUCUUUCGUAUUAUAUUUCAAAUUCAAAUUAUUUAUUUGUCUUCGAAAACAUGGAAAAUAUAAUUUCGAAAUCAAAUUUCUGGCAGACAGCUUAUCAAGAAUUAUUUCAAUAUAUGGCUAAAGCAAUUAAUGAUCCAGAAGUCAAUUUAAAGAAUAAUUACACAGUGAAAAUGCAUUUGGCACUUUCUAAUUUCCAAAGUAGUGCCUCAUUGUUGAAAACUUUUCUAGAGCAAAAUUGUACUUAUUUAGCAGUAACCAAAGAAAUUUUACGACUUCCAAUUCAUUUACAUUAUCCAGAAUCCUAUCAAUGUAAAAUUGACAAACCGCUACCUAAUUUAAAACAAUUCUUUAUGAGUCAAAUUUAUACAAUCAGUGAAUUAUAUGAAUCAUAUGAUUUUCAAUUAAUGCAAGAGGUCUUUCCCAAAUCUCUAACAGACAAAUUUGACCAAGAUCAAAUUAUUGUAAAACUACUAGAAUCUGAUGAUGAUUUAUCAAAGUCAGAACACUCACCGUGCGACAUUUUGGAAUUUUAUUUUACCAACAACAAAACAUUUAACUACUUUAUAUUAAAACGAGAAGAUUACAAUGUAAUUUUAAUAAAUAAUGCUGACAACCAACAUUUUUUUCAGCAAGAAAUUAAGAAAUGUUUUAAAAAAUUAUCUGAUACAUCGCAACUUACAAAAAUUUUAAAAACAACUAAUGAAAACAUGAACGAAUUUUUUAAAAAUUUUAUUAAGUACAAAAAAUUGCGAUUAGAAUCACAGUUGAUAUAUUUAGAUAAUUAUUAUCAAGAACACAAAAAACCAUUGAAAAAUAAUUGGUGGAAGGAAUUCGGUUUAUCUUUAGUGCCAUAUUACCCUUGUUUAUCAAAUAUGUCGGAGAACAAUUAUGGAAGUAUUUGUGCAUCAGAUAAAAUAAAAUAUUUAUACGCCUGUUCACAUUCAUUAGGCACAACAAUCAGAUCAAUAUUUUCAAAAAAUGCAAUUUAUGAAACACUAAAUAAAAUUCUAACGGGGAAAAAAUAUAAAUUCUCAAUAACAAAUGUAUUAAAUAUAAAUAAAAUAUUUGAGGAUAUUUCUUUACAUUUAAAAAAUCCUGGAUUUCAAUUAACCUAUGCAACCAAGGACGCAAUAAGAUUACUUGAAAAAAUAAUUAAUUCUUUAAAAGAAAAAACUGAUUUCAGUUUUACGUCAAUCACAAGUAGUCUUUCUAAGAUAUUAACAUUAAAAUCCAAUUUGUACAAAAGCAUUUAUACUAUUGGUAAAAAUAGUAGUCGACUGGUUUUUGUAAACACUUUGCAAAAUCAUAGUAAUACUGGUUAUGGUUAUAAGUUUAUUUUUUUAUCUGCCAAUAUUUCAGAAAUUGCACAAUUGAGAACUGGCUCUGAAUUUAAUGACGAGAGAUUUUUCUGCCAAGGGGAUUUGGAAAAAGAAAAGAAUACUUUUAUUGCUUUAAAUAACGUAAGUUUUCAACCUGAACCUAAUCAUUUUAUGUAUGAAAUUAAUAAUCAACUAUGGAGAAGACCGACUAAACUUUUAUUUUCUGGAAUAUCAAUUAAUGAUUAUGAUGAAAAAUGUAAUGAAGAGGAAAAAUAUAUUUAUGUUUGCCGAAGACGGCGACUUUUAAAUGAAAAAUCUAACUACGAAAAAGAAGCAGUAAACUUCAUUAAGGAAAAGUCCAAUCUUUCUGGAAAUAUAAUACACAAUAUACUUGCAAAAUACACAUUUCCAGAUAACGCAACUCUUAUGCGAUUUGUUAAUGAUUGGCUGAAAAACAAUUCCUUUAAAGAACCCAUUUGGAGUAGAGACUAUAUAAUAGACAAUCCUGAUUUCUUAAAUGAAUUAAGAUACAACUUACAUUUUGAAAACCACGAUAUAUCAGAAUUUGAAGCUGAAUUCAGAAUCAAUUCUUUUUACACUAAAACAGUAAGAAGUAAAAUUGAAGAAGGAUCAUCGAUGAAAAGAAUGGUUAAAGAUUACAAUGAACAGAGGGUAAGAUAUUCUUGCACAUUUCAUGAUUACUAUGCCAUAAGAAAUUAUGCAACAACAGGAUAUAGAAGAAUAACAGGUGAUACACAGGAAGCAAAGUUGAUGAAAAUUGCUUUAUAUAAAUUAGCAUUGAGACAAUCUGAUGAUCAUGAAGAGCAAUUUGAAUUAAAGUUAUUUAGAAUCGAAUCUAAACCUAUUUCAAUUAUCCAAAACAUAUCUUCUAAACAAUAUAUUACUCUGCAAAAAUUUAAACUAGCUUUUUCAAAUAUCGCAACUGCUACAAGAUUUGUUGGUUAUCCACCUCCUGGAUUUGGAAACAUUAUUUAUGAAAUGAUAUUUAAUGGAUUAUAUGAAAGGGUGAAAAUAGAACAAUAUUAUAAAACAAAAGAGAGGAAUAUCAUUCUUUUACCGGGAAGCAAUUUUCAGAUUGUAGACAAUAAAACAGUGAGUAUUGGAGGAUUGGGCAAAGUUUUAAAAUUAAAACUAGAAUUUUUACAUUAUUAUAAUACGAAACAUGAAUGGUAUAAAAAUAUUAUGAAUGAAAUAGCAAAUGUCAAAUGAUGUAAGUUUCUGAAUUUUUAAAAAUUCACGAAAUUAGUGAAACUGGAUUGAAAUUUGUAGACUUUUUUUCGAAUAAAUAAGCACGUAAUACUUA